AGUUUUAAGCUCCCCCCAGCGGUUGAAAGAAAUGGCUUGGCAUGGGGUGGCUGUGUGCCGCCUGCGCCUUGCUGGCCGACACGUGGCACGGGGGACCCGUAGAUGGGUGACGCUGCCGACAGACCUUGAGAAGGCGCAUGAAAGGGCGGCCCUACAACAGAGCCAAAGGCAACGCCUGAUUUCGGAGUCGCUGCGCGCGAAAGUCCAGGAGCUUCGUCCGUUGGAGACUGCUGCCCCAGAUACAGAGACCGCAAGCGCAGCGGCCACGCCGGACCCGCUGCGACUGCUGGUCUGCUGGCGUGGAAGCUUUCGUGGCACCCGGCAGCGGCCAGAUGCCGCAUCGGUGGAUGCCCUGCUGCUGGCUGCACAGCAGGAGCUCAGGAGGGCCACCACAGCAUUGCUGCCACUGCAACUGCCACCAGCGGCAGGGUCUAAACUCAUCGUGGUAGGCGACACACACGGGCAGCUGGAGGACGUUCUCCACAUCUUUCACCGCCACGGGCCGCCGAGCAAAGAACGUGCCUACUUGUUUAAUGGCGACAUCUCGGACCGGGGCGCGGAGGCGGUGGAAGCCUGGAUCUUGAUUUUGUCCUUCAUGCUGCGCUACCCUGGGCAGGUGCACAUCUUGCGGGGCAACCACGAGAACGAACAGCUGAACGAGCGCGCGCGGAGCUUCGGCGGAGGCUUCGCGGAGGAGUGCCUGGCAAAGUACGGGCCACGUAUCUAUGAGCGAUUUCAACAGCUCUUUCUGCUUCUGCCGCUCUUCGCAGUCAUUGAGAAACAGAUCUUUGUGGUGCACGGGGGCCUUUUCCGCACGCCCCAGGUGACGUUGGAGAGGCUCAAGCAGCUGCCCUACAGGCGGCAUUAUCCAAUGACCCUGACCAAAGAAGAACAGGCAAGUGGUAAGACUUGGACUGAAGAGGAGGAGAUCCUCUUCGAUGCGCAAUGGGCAGAUCCCGUGGAGCUUCCUGGGAUCACCAGGUCUAGUCGAGGGAGCGUCGUCAUCAACUUUGGUCCGGACGUCACAGAGAAGUUUUUGCAGGACAACGACCUGAGCCUUUGCAUCCGGUCCCAUCAGGUGCCAAAAACCAUGGAUGGCUACGAACUUCUUCACAAUGGCCGUUUGCUGACGAUUUUCAGCGCCUCGCACUACGCGGGGCGCUUCAGCAACAGCGGCGGCGUCGCGGUGCUGCAGCGGUCGGGGUCCCAAUCCUCGGAGCCGUCCUUGUCGAUGAGGUUCGACUGCGGCCUGCAGCUGCACUGCUUGGAGCACGAGCUGCCGGAGCACAGCGGCGGUUUUGCGGCGCAGUGCGCGGCUGAUGGCCUGGCACAGUUCGAUGCGGGGGCGGAGCAGGAAGCGAUCCUGCAAGAUGCCUUGGCCCUGAUUUGUUUCCAUCGGCAAGAGAUUCUCCAACGUUGCGUCUCAAUGGCUCCAGGGGGUCUCAUGGACUUCCAAGCAUUUCUGACCAUUCUCCAGGAGCUGUGCAGUUCUAGGGUGCCGUGGCAACGGAUCUUCUUCCAGAAGCGUUCGCCGCCGCUGGAGGGGGUGGACUACCGACAGCUGCUGGAGGCGGUGAAGGUGGAGUGGUUGCAGCUGAACACGGCAGAAGUGGGCCGUUUGGUGCGUGCCAUGUUGGAGGCCGAAAUCCAGUUGUCAGGCUUGCAAGCCAUCUUCGAUUCCAGUCAGGAUGGUUUGGUGUCCUUGCAGGAGUUGCAGCAUGCCUUGCAGCUUCUGCAGCCCAAGAUGCCUGAGGAGCGGGCGCAGCACUUGGCGUGGCUCAUUGCGCAGAACGAGGGCAAGGAAAUGAGCUUCGGCACCAUGAUCGACCGGCUCCUGGUCUAUGCUCCCAGCCUCUCCAGCGAUGAGCCGCAGCAGCUUCAGCUAGGGCAGCUGCGAGAAGGGCUCAUCCAAUGGGCCGAGCCGGCGGACGGCUCGGUGCACACUGCGUUGCUGCACUUCUUCCAGGCCUUUGACAAGGACGGCGACGGGGUCCUUCCCAUCCCAGAAACCGUGCGUGGUUUGCGACAGAUCCAAGAGUGGAGCAGCUCAGGUGGCCUCUACGCACGGCUGUUUGGCAGUCGCCCCGACCACGACGAAGACAUGGACGGCCUUUCAGAGUUGGUGGAGUUGCUGGACACCAAUUCCACAGGCACCCUGUCCUUCCUGGAGCUGGCGCGGGGGUUGGGUGAGAAGCAGUGCCCAACCAAGGUCAAUGCCGCAGCGGUUCCACAGAGGGUGGCCACUGCGAUCCUGGAACACCGAGAGGCCCUGCUCAGAGCCUGCCGAAGUCUGGAUGUGGAUGGGACAGGACAGCUGCCACCACAGGAGUUUCUGAUGUUGCUCAGUGCUGUCACAGCCACCGACGGCUUGCAAGACGCCAUCAAGCAGCCAGUGGCCUAUGCCGACACACAGCUGCAGGGCUCUGCAGGUAAUUCAGACGGACCCCAGUUUUUUUUGCAAGAUAUCGUUCUCCUAAAGAAAAUUGGGCCGCUUAAGCGCACUUGCCCCAAUUCUUUUUGCAUACAUCCUCAUGAUUGAUCGAAAGUUGCCAUGUUUGUUAGCAGGCUAAAGCACCAUUCCUCCAUUGGUCGACUCCUUUGGUGAACUCUUGCGACCCAGGCACUGCUCUCCAGCUUCGAAGUGGUCUUAGACCAAGAGGCGACCAUGAAGUGCGCUG